AUGUCCACUUUUAAUAUCAAUUUAUUUACAGAGCAGAUUGGAUUUGUCCAGUAUUUGAGCUGGAGACGCUGGGCUGAUACCAAUCAGUUCCGGUUGUUAAGCUUCAUCUUGAGAGUGACCAGCUGCGCUGGAGUGUCAAUGAAUCUUCUAAAGGAGGCCAUCAGCUUGGCUGAUUCCGAUGAUCGCCUAAAGACGGAGAAGAUUCGACGAAAGAAGCUCGGAAAGCUGGCACAGUCAGAACGAGAACUUCAACAAGUCGUAGCAGCGGGAACUUCCGUUGAGUAUGACCCGGAAGCGGAUGUUAUCAUUCCAGCAUCUGGUGUCCGAAAAAGCGAAAAAAGCAGUAAAAACUGUAAACGCUUUAAAAAGAAUAUUUCCUUACUGGAAAGAAGCCGGAAGAAACAGAAAGUGAAUAUGUUGAAACGCAAUCUCAAAUAUGCACUGUAUGAAAAUGGAUGUAGGCUAGAUGCAGUUAAAACCGGCAAAGUACUGGAUUUGAUGAAUAAGCGCUAUUGCCAACGAAUGGAUAUUUUGGAGGAGCUCCGACAUCAGUCUGGUUGCUGUUAG